GGUAUUGCAACUUUUAGAACAGUUGCAUCGCUUCAAAUGCACCAUUCGUGUUACCUCAAUACUCACUUUAUCAACUCUCUCAUCACUCUACUGUGGCCGUGGUACAGUCGAUAUUUAGCUGAGUUUACCCUACUUGCAUUGAAAUCGUAAACACAAUUUCUUACGGAAUGACCAAAGUCAUAUGCUUUCGUCAUGUGACUACACACCACACCAGUCCAACAUGGCGGCCACGUCUGUUUUCCAGAGAGUGAGGACAGGGUCGAAAAUAGGAGCUCAAUAUGAUCAAGAAGGAAAUCUUAUUCAGGUUGAAACACGGGAGGACGAGGAGCAGAGUGUCAAGCUUGCAGAAAUCCUGGAACUUCUGCUUGCUGCUGGAUACUUUAGAGCCCGAAUCAAAGGACUGGGACCUUUUGAUAAGGUGGUUGGAGGGAUGACAUGGUGCAUCACAACAUGUAACUUCGACAUUGACGUGGAUCUACUGUUCCAGGAAAAUUCAACUAUUGGACAGAAAAUAGCUCUCACAGAGAAAAUAGUGUCUGUUCUGCCCAAAAUGAAGUGCCCUCACCGCCUGGAGCCCCAUCAGAUCCAAGGGCUGGAUUUCAUCCAUAUAUUUCCAGUGAUACAGUGGCUGGUGAAGAGAGCCAUAGAGACGAGGGAGGAGAUGGGAGACUAUGUGAGGGCCUACUCUGUCUCUCAGUUCCAGAAGACCCACAGCUUUCCUGAGGAUGAAGACUUCCUGCAGAGAAAGGAGAAGGCUGUGAAAGCAGUCCUAGAUGUAUCAGAAGUGUAUAAACCUCAGAGGAAGUACAAGAGACAGGUUGAAGCAGGAGAGCUGCUGGAUGAAGAGUCCAGGGUUCACUCCACCUUGCUGGAGUAUGGAAGAAUGUCAGAUUACCUUCUACGAUAUGGAUUCAGCAAGCAGACAAAACAGGACAAGACAGAGGAUCGGAAAGCCUCGUUGACCCCGGGCUCUCAGGCCACGCCUCAAGGGAUGACAGAGGUGUCGCAGGAGGAGGAGGACCUGCAGGCAGCAGAGGAGAUGCGCAUCAAAACACUGAUGACCAGCAUGGCUGCCAUGGCGACUGAGGAGGGGAGGCUAACAGCUAGCACCGUGGGCCAGAUAGUUGGGCUACAGUCUGAGGAGAUUAAACAGAUAGCAUCUGAGUACGCUGAGAAGCAGUCAGAGCUGUCUACAGAGGAUCGUCCAGAGCGGUACGGGCCAGUCCAGCAACACCGAAGGAUGGUAACCUCUCUAAACAAACAGAUCCAACAGAAAACCAAGCAGUUGGAGGAGCUACAAGCCAAGCGCUUGGAGGUAAAAUCAGGGUGUGAGCAGGCUAAGAGCAAACUGAUGGAGGCCACAGAGCAGACAGAGAGACUGGAGAAAGAGCUGAGUGCCCUGGAAGAGGCUGAGGGCCAGGCGGAUACUGGUCUGUUGGAGAAGCUGAGGGCUCUGGUAGGCAUGAAUGAGAACCUAAAGCACCAGGAGCAGGAAUUCCGAACACACUGUAGAGAGGAGAUGGUUCGCCUGCAGCAGAACAUUGAGAACCUGAAGAUUGAGUCAGGAGAUGAUACGGAGGAUGAGAAGGAGAGGAGUCAGCUAAUAGAAAAGCAGUACAACACAGACAAAGAGAAGCUACAGAAAAUCAGACUAUUGAUGGCCCGUAGGAACCGUGAGAUCGCCGUCCUGCAGAGGAAGAUAGAUGAGGUGCCGAGCAGGGCAGAACUGACCCAGUAUCAGAAAAGGUUUAUUGAGCUCUAUGGCCAAGUUUCAGCAACACAUAAAGAGACCAAGCAGUUCUUCACCUUGUAUAACACAUUAGAUGACAAGAAGGUUUACCUGGAGAAGGAGGUGAACUUGCUGAAUUCCAUCCAUGACAACUUCCAACAGGCAAUGGCAUCUUCGGGGGCCAAGGAACAGUUCUUGAGACAGAUGGAGCAGAUAGUCGAGGGAAUCAAACAAAGCCGCAUCAAGAUGGAGAAGAAGAAGCAGGAGAACAAGAUGAGGAGAGACCAGCUGAACGAUGAGUACCUCGAGCUGCUGGAUAAACAGAGGCUCUACUUCAAAACUGUCAAGGACUUCAAAGAGGAGUGCCGGAAGAAUGAAAUGCUGCUAUCCAAGCUGAGAACUAAGGGUGCUUCGUAACUCAAAUAAUCUCUUAUUGUUUAUAAAAACUCAUCUCAAAACAAAUCUCAAAUCUCAUCAGUCAAUGACUUUGUCUUGCUGUCAGAAUUAUGUAUUCUCUUAUUGGAGGUCAUCAUUGUUUUGUCUUAUUCUGCCUAUUGUAUUGUGCUUUGAGAUUCCAUGUUUAUUUGCAGCAUGUAGUUAGGGAUGUCACUCGUGGCAGGGCAGAGGGAUUCUUGAGAGAAGGACAUUAACUGCCCUGUGCACUGUGACGUGAGGAAUGUUCGCUCUACUUAUGUGCAAUUGGCUCUAACGUGCAGGGCUAUCUGUACAGUUGUAUUCAUUAGCUUUCUCAGAUGUUGAUUAGAGUGUAACAGUGCAGAAUGAGGCAUGGUUGACACUGUUACUAAACUACAGCAUUUCAAAUUAAUAAAUGCUAUGCAGAAAUAUGGUUCACGUUUAUGCUGACAAUUUUUUUCAAUCAAAAUCAAAUGUUUUACCCGUGUCUUAUUCUCUGUCUAUCGUUUCCAACAGUUUACUAUCAAGUUGGCACUUAAUAAAAUAAACUAUGCACAGUCA